GUCAUUACCUCGCAACUAUCAGUAUUCAUAAUCUACAUUUUCAAGAAUUUAAAUACAUAUUCAAUAUCACUGAAUAAUAGGGAUAUGAACAGAAAGCGCUCCUAUGUUAAGAACUCUCUUGACAGAAAAAAACAAAAGUCAGUUUUGCAGCAGUUUAUAGAUGAUCUAGGAGGGAAAGUUAUGCACACAAUCUGAGAUUGUGUCUCGAAUUGAUAUGUCCAGAUUGUAUACCAAAUUCUUUUGCCAUGGAUCGACAAAAAGCGAUUAAUGUUAAAAAGAAAAACAGAGGCCAGGCGCCACCACCAGGAGAUUUCAUAGCUCUGGGAAAAACAGCUCCUACAGAAAGACCAGAAAUAAAGAGGCCUGCAAGUCCACAGACAGUAGUUCGCAAACCUGUGCCAGCAAAGAGAGAUUCCUCUUCUGUACCUCUAGGAGGAAGUGGUCUUGCAGCAAAGAAACCAAAAGUUGUUUCACAAACAUUUACACCCCUUGGGCGGCCAUUAGGAGAUGUCGAGAAGAAAAGUUCUCCAGCCCCUUCACUGCCAUUGCCAUAUGAAGAAGUAGCUAUUGAUGUGGAGCCUUCUGAUAUCUUGAGAAAAGUAUUGGAUGCAGAAGAAGAUGGAGACGAUGAUAAGGUAGAAGGACUGCUUUGUGGAGCUGUAAAACAUCUUCGAGCAAAUCGUUCAAAGCCUGAUCAGACUGUCUUCUUGACACUCAUGUACCUGGCUAAGACUCGACCUACAGUUCUUCAGUCAGAGACUGUCAUUGAAGCAUUUUGUAGCACUUUGAAGAGAGAUCUGGCUCUAAAUUUCAAGGCAAAGGGAAAUCCGCUGGUUUCAGUAUUUGCCUGCAAUGUUCUUAUGUCAGCAUUUUCUGAGGAAGAAAACUGGCCAGACAACUUUGUAAAGAUGUAUAUUGAUGAUUCUCUGGGUGAACGUGUUUGGGUAGACAGAGAAGAUUGCAAGGGGUUUGUGGAAAACAUUCAAACUGCCUUUAGAACAAAAGCUUCACCACGCUGUUUGCUUGUUGGUGGGUUGGAACCUGCUCCAGGGGGAGGUAGUCCAGUGCAGGGGUUAACAGAAGAAGAUGAAGGUUCUAAAAGCUCAGAUGGAGGGGACAGUGAAAGAAGUUCUUCCUCUAGUAUUCCUGGAGCUGACCUUGCUACUUAUCCCAGAUAUCCAAACCAGCAGAACAGCAUUCAGGCAUCAGUACUGGAAGUAGUUAGGGAGCAGCUGGCGAGACGGCAGGCCAUGGACGCUUCCUGUCGUAACCUUAUUCGCUUGAUGACGGCCACUUCAGGAUAUGGUGAGAUCCGAUCUAUGGCUGUUCAGAGAAUAGAAAUGUGGCUUCAGAAUCCCAAGCUGACUCGCACUGCACAAGAUCUAUUGUUAGCAGUUUGCACAAACUGUACACAAGAAGAUUCUGUUGACCUGGAAGUCAUUUCUCAAUUGCUGAAGAUUCGCCUAAAGACCAAGCCACUUGUUUCUCAUUAUCUAGUUUGCAUGAGGGAGCUCCUUGCUCAGCAUACUGACAACAUUCGAAUCCUUUUGACCCACACCAUCUACAAUGAGUUGUCUAAUGCUCGCAACCCAAAUAACAUGGCGCUUGUAGGAAUAGCUUUUUCCUAUGCUUCAGAGGCUGCUAGCAAGAUCCUUGCAGAAGUUUUCCAGGACUUGCUGGCAAACAAAGAUGAUUACCUUAGAGCAUUACGAGGCUUGCUGAGGGAGAUUGUGCGAGCCACAAGGUACGACAUAAGCUUUCCAAUCUUCUGUCUGGGCCUUAUGCAAGAGAGACAGGAGGCCAGGUUUACUGAGAUGGAGCCAGCUUUUAAGGAGAGGUUUGUGAUGUCAAUAGCUGAUCUGAUCCCACUUAGCAUGUUACUGUCGAUCACACCACCAGUGAAGGAAGUUGCCACUCGGGCUGAUCAUAAAGAUUUAGAAGUACUACAAAAAUUCAAGCAGCAGCUUGCUGUUAUUGAAAGAGACGCCAUCUGGUGGAUGCAUGUUGUUGUGCCCAAAAUCAUGGAGAUCAAACCAGCAGAAUACGUCCAUUGUCUCAGAAAGGUUCUGUUUAUGGAGUCUCCAGAGCAUUACUAUAACAAAGACAACUGGCCUCCUGAAACAGACCGAAACUUCUAUUUGCGUCUGGUAUGUGAAGCACCUGUCCUAGAGGAUACACUGAUGAGAAUCAUGGUAAUUGGCUUGUCUCGUGAUCUUCCCCUUAGCAGUGCUGAUGGUGUGGACAUGGUUGAUCAGCUGAUUCGCCGUGCUGCAAAACUUUAUGCAGAAGGUUUUCAGGUCCUGCACGUGGAAAAGCUUGAGAUAAUUGAUGCCUUACUUAACCUGUGUGCCUAUCGCUACCCAGAAAAUAUUGUCCUGCCAAAGGGGUACACACCACCAACUCUUGCAAUCUCCACUCUGUACUGGAAGGCUUGGCUUCUGUUGCUUAUCAUUACUGCUUUCAAUCCUUCUACUUUUGGUGUGGUUUCUUGGGAGAAGUAUCCCAUUCUGAGAUGCCUGAUGGAAAUGGUCAUGACCAAUAAUUAUAGUUUCCCUCCACCAACUACAGCAACGGAUAAAAAGAUGAUGGAGGAUAUCCGCAGCUCAGAAAGACAACUUGCCCAGCAGGAGAUGCAGUUGGUUUUAGAGUUUGAAAGCCAUCUGGCAGCAGCCACCAGCAAAGUGACCAUUACUCAGCAGAACAGUUUGUUACUUGACCAGUUGACCACAAUGGACCCAAGCGGUGUGGUACGAUGUCCACCCCAAAAAGUACUGGAGCAACUGGAGGUACUCAACUCCUCUUUUAAAAUUGGACAGAUGUUAUGUCGCAGUCGCAGUCCUGACUUCCUGUUAGAUAUCAUCCAGAGGCAGGGCACAUCCCAGUCCAUGCCAUGGCUUGCAGAGUUGGUGGAAGCCAGUGAAGGUUCCUUGGACAUGCUGCCUGUUCAGUGCCUUUGUGAGUUUCUCCUUCAUGAUCCCCACCAGGUAUCCACCCCAGAAACCUCUGAUGAUGAUGGGUGCAAGGCUGAAAGGCAACGACGCAAGCAGAGAAUCCGUAAGCAUCGACAGCUUCUGACCCAACUGCAAGAUUUGGUACAUGGGUCAUCAGAUAAUCUUGGCACCAUGUUUGAUGUCUUUGGCUACUUUCUGCAGCGGCUAGCAUCCAACCAAGCCAGUGCUCGUCAACAAGCCAUCAAGGGUCUCUCUAUGUUGAUGAGGCCACCUGUUUCUGACAAACAAGAGUCAGAUUGUGAGACAGCGAUGGACAUAGAUGAGGAAAAGCCAUCAAAGCAAAACCAUGACUGGCUUCUGAAGCAUUUGCCAUCGCUUCCAGUCUUCCACCACAUUAAACCUCACAUGUGUAAUGCUAUAAGACAGGCAUGCCAGGUAGAGAUGGACCCAAGCCUGGUCAGCAGUUACAUCAUUUUCCUGUCCAAACAUGCACUGGUGGAGUUUCUGGAUGAUCUUGCUUUGGAUAUAAGCCAGCUGAUUGUGGAGCGCACCUCAGUGAUGAAUCACAUUUUGCCAGAUUCAAGCACAGAACCAGGAUCAGAGCAGUACCAGACACUGGAAGCUUUCCUGCAGCUGUAUCAUUACUAUACAAUGAAAGUACGUCGUCUGGAAAAAGUCGAAUAUUCCUGGUCUAAUAUCCAAGACCAAAUCAUCCUUCAAUGGCGUUCCGGAGAAUCAGCCACAAUGCAUAUUCUUGUGGUGCAUGCUAUUGUUAUAAUCCUUACCUACGACCCUCUUCCAGGCGCUGAGGCUGCAGCCAUGUACAAAUUUCUCCUGGAUGUCUGGUUCCCUGUCGAGGAUCACAUGCCUAAAGCCUUUCUGAUGGACACAUCAGAAGAAGCGCUGUUGCUGCCUGACUGGCUUAAGCUACGUAUGAUACGCUCAUCAGAACCACGAUUAGUGACAGCAGCACUACAAGAACUGGACCCUCGCCAACUGAUUCUGUUUGUCCAGUCCUUUGGCAUCCCAGUCAGCAGCAUGUCAUGCCUUCUGAAAUGUUUGGAUAACACGGCUGAGUCCGAUCCCAAUGCUCUGCACCAUGUUGUGACAGAUCCAGCAUACAUAGCCAAGCUCAUUCACAUCCAGCACUUAAGGGGUGUCACCACUGGAGAAAAAUUUUACUCCCUGCUGACAGAGGGUGGAACCAUUCCUGUUUGGGCUCAUUCAAGCAAGAACAUUAGUGAUGAUGACUGUCUCAGUGUAAAAGAUCCAAAUGAAGUAGUACAAGGUCCAGCUCUGUGGCACGUCAUGCAUAGACAAAAGGUUGAAACUUCAUCACAGACAGCUCUGGCAAAGGACUUGGCAAAAAUUUUCAACCCAGGUACCAAAAGUCAGGAAGUUCCCCAGUUGUUCCAGAAUUUACUAAAGACAGUAUUAGCAGACCCAGAUAAGGCUUCAGCUGUUGUUCAAGUUAUCACCAAGAAAUUGGAGUCAGCUCAAGGACAAGAAUUUGCUAAACAGCUGCUCACGAACCAAGCCAGGUCAUGUCCCCUGAUAAAGCUUCUUCAGUCAAAAAUGGAAAAAUCAGAUAAAAUGCUCAGACAGAUGCUGAGCAGCAUCUUAGAAGCAGCAGGGUCGGAUCAGCAGUCACCAUUAACAACAAUCAUUUCCCAGUAUUUAGAGAAAAACAAACCAGACAAGCCUGUGUCACGGGAACAGCAAGCUUCUCUUGAUCUUGACCUCAUGAAGUCACAUGGCAAGGUCAGCCCAGAAAACUUCAUUUCAUGCCUUCAGGCUACUUCGGAUAAAGACCGCUUGGAGCCCUUGGUAAAACAGUACAUGCAGGAAGCCAUCCAUCAGCAUCGUACAUCAGAGGGCAUCACUGUGGCAUGCACCAUGCUGCUAAGCAAUAAAAAGGAGAACUUGGCACAGCAAGCAUCAGUACCUCUGUUCACAGACUGGCUGGAGCUGCUUGACCCAGAAAUUGUUAAUUUCAACAUAAAUCUUCAAGAGCAGUUAGUAUUUGGAAAAGACAAGAAAGCAGGUCCACUCCAGGAAGGUAGUCCAGAGAAACGCAGAAGCAAUCCUUAUCUCUUGGCUCUUCUCAUCCAUCAGAGUCAAUGGGCCACAGUCCAGAGGUGUCUUAGCAGAGUCCUCAGAAAAGACAAGCUGUCAGAUCUGGACCCUUCCUCGGUACUGGAUUUUGUGAGCGCCUGUUGUCAUAUUCCCAAAAUAUGGCAGGGUCGGGAGCGUAAACGUGUUAAAGAUGCCAAAGAAGAUAUUCUCAACCUCAACACUGAACAGCUGCUUGCAUUGGUGGACUUCUUAGUGUUAGAAUCUUGUCAGUCACCUGAAGGCAACUACAAGGGUGAAACUGAAACUGGUUUAGAUGUUCAGACUGAAAGAUAUGCUGUAGAUCAAGGCUCAUUCGGACAUUCAGGUCAACAAUGUUUUGAAACAAGUAAUCGGCUAGAUCUGCUUUUGUCAUGUAUUUGUGAUGAUGAUAAUAGAAUCAGAACCAUUGUCAGACACAUUCAGAACCAAGCUGCCCUUUCUACAAGAUCUUUAGAAAAAGCCUAUCAGGAGCUGUUUCAGGAACUUUAUCUGCAUUUUCCUUACAUCAUAUCAUGGCUACCUCCUAACAAUGCUCUUACAUCUGAGUGGCUUGUGUCUGACAAAGUACAUUCUCAGCUUGACACCAUCACCCAUCGCCUCAUAACAGUACUUGGGAAGGCUGCUCCAGGCAAAGCUACAGAAAAUAGGAUGUAUGAUGCAAACAUUGCUUGCCGCAAACUGGCUGCUAAACACCCUGCUCUGUUUUUGAGGCAGUUGCCCAUGCUUGCAGCAGUCCUGGGUGGCCGCACCCAGCUGUCACUGGGCGAGAUGAAAAACAGGAACCUGUUGCUGCUGUUCACUCACGUGCUUGGGCUGCUGGAAUUAUUGCAGCCACAAAUCUUCCACCAGCAGCACACAGCUUUAGCUAGCAUUCUUGAGGCCUAUUUUAUGCUGUUCAAGGCUCAUGGCUGUGAAACUCGUCAGCUCGGGAGCAUGGUUGCCAAGUUUGUAAUGUUCCUCCAAAACUUUGUGACUCAUGACCCACAGCGAGCCAGCAGUAUGCUUCAACAAUAUGUUAAACUUCUCAGUGACCUGUCUAUGGAGUACCCUGAAAUGCCUGACCUCAAGUCCUUGCUGACAGGACUAACUCUGCCACGCCAAAACAAUACUGAUGAGGCACAAGUUGUGCCCAAAAUUGAGGAGUCUGGCACGUUGCCUUCAAAGGCUCAAAGUGGUUUUACCCUUGCAUAUCUGCAGCCCUUUUUGGCAAGAAUCAAAUCUGAAUCUUCAACUGAUGAUUUGCUUGAAGUUCUCGGGGAUCUGGAUGAAACAUCCAAGCGCAAAGUUGCAGUCCUGGAAUAUUUUGAGAGUGAUCUUAAGCGUCUGACAACUCAUGUAAAUGACCGGUGUCGUAACACAGCUUUCAGCUUGAUUAUGCGCUAUAUCCAUCAUUCUCCCAGGAAGGCUCACAGUUUUUUGUCAUGCUUCUUAAACUGCCUUGCCCAUGAGAAUCCAGACAUUGCAACAUCAGCACUUAGGAACCUGCCAGAGUUUACAGUCUUGUGCCAGGAUGAGGCGCAGACACUAUUACAGGAGGCAUUCAAUGUUGGUGUGGUAUCAUCGAUAGAUACUUCAUCUUACAUCAAUGAUACACUACAGCUCCUUAACUUAGAGACUGUGCUGUCUUCAACAUCAUCUUGAUUGGUUUCCUCUUCUUUCCUUUUAUGUGAGAAAAUAAUGGGCUGCACACAGAUUUGUUUGUGCCUGAAAAAUUGUCUUCACUUGAAUAAGAGAGGUGGUUCCUGUCUUCAGAAUUAUUUUUGCACUGCAGUCAGCAGAGGAUGCAUCUAAAGCUAAGGACUACAAGCUGGAAAUGGGCUUAUGAAACAUUAUGAUUUACAGAUGUGACGCUUCAUCUCCAAUUCUGAUGAAGCCUGUGCAUUCAUGUAACCUGAAUGACAGAGAUCUGGUCUAUAUGUGAAUUAAAAAAAAAAAAAUUUAAGUAACAUGCAUUAAGUGCAUGUUAGUAGCUUAUAUCUUGCAAUCAUUUUUACCUUAAUUUUUAAAAUUAGCACAUCAGUCUUUCUUGCUUCAAUUUAACCAUCCAUCCUGCACACAAAAUAAAGAGCCUAAACUCAUCACAUAAAAAGAUAU